UGUGAAAAGUACAAUGAAAGAGAGAAGUAGAGGAAGGGGGCCUAGUCCAGCCUGGGGUGGAGGUCACGGGAGCUUCCCAGGGGUGCUGUCAGGGCUGAAUCUUGAAGGACCAACAAGAUUCUCUCUGGCUCUGAUUUUGGAACCUCGGCAGCCUAGUUUUUGAGGAGGGACCAGUUUGCUGGGGGAGGGGGCUGGAGGACCAACCAGACAAAAAAGCUGUUUAUGACCUAGGAGUCACUGGGGGUCUGGGAGGGGAUGCCCCCUUGUGGAAGGCAGAGUCUGCAGGGGAACUCCCACAGGGAGGCCAGGGGUCCUCAGACCUGGGAGGCAGGGCUCCCAGCGUGCAAAGAGAGAGCAGAGGUGCUUAGGGUUUCCUGGGCUCUGACUGUUCCCCAGAGGCCUGGAGGAAGGAGGGGCAGCGAAAAGUCAGCUCCACUGCAAGAUUUAGACAGAGGGUGGGUGCAGAGUGAAGGUCAGAAUCCUGGACAAGUCCCCAGAGGGCUACCUGGAGAAGUGGCUGCUAAUACGGGCACUAAAGAGGCCCACUCCGGGGUGGAGUGGAGGAGGUUGCGGGGAGAGGCCUCUCUAUAAAGGGGCAGAACAAGCAUGAAUGAGAAGGACCAGAGCGGGGGCAGGGGGAACUGGGCCCGUGUCUCCUCUGUCAUCCACCUCCUCUGGGUGGCAUCAGAUGCCCUGCUACCUCUGGGUCAAGUGACAGUGUGCUGCUUUGAAAGGAAACCAGCAGGGUCCCAGGACUUGGAAGUGACAGGUAGGGCAGCAGUGAAGGGAAGGGCAGGAGGGGUGAAGGCGGCGGAGGAAGGCUGGUGGCACUUCUGGGAGGAAGAGGGGAAAGCGGCAGGUCAGGGCAGACUCAGGGCCCAGCGCUGGAGACAUUCAGGUGUGGAGGGGACAUUCAGGCCAACACAGGAUCAGGUUGUACCGGUGGCCUUUCCAUUUGCUGCAGGAACAGAAAUCCUGGAAGGGAACUGUAUCUGAGGACCACUGUGCAGUAUCCUGGUGGGACGCUUUGGCUGCCGAGUGACGGUGAUGCUGGGGGGCGCACUGGCCAGCCUGGGCAUGGUGACCAGCUCCUUCUGCCGCACCCUUAGCCAGCUCUACCUCACAGCAGGAUUCAUCACAGGCCUGGGCAUGUGCUUCAGCUUCCAGUCGAGCAUCACCGUGCUGGGCUUCUACUUCUCCCACCAUCGGGCGCUGGCCAAUGCACUGGCUUCGGUGGGCGUCUCCCUGGGCAUCACGCUCUGGCCACUGCUCUCCCGAUACCUCCUGGAGGAUCUGGGCUGGAGGGGCACCUUCCUUGUCUUCGGCGGAGUUUUUCUCCACUGCUGUGUCUGUGGAGCUGUUCUGAGGCCCGUGGCCACCAGCACAGCCCCUGAGGCCACAGAAGGCCCCCCUCCACCUUCCAAGACACCUGCUCCCAGCUGCCUGGCAGCGUGUGGUCGGGCCAUCCAGCGCCACCUGGCCUUUGAUAUCCUGCGGCACAAUGCGGGCUACCGAGUGUACACACUGGGUGUUAUGUGGAUGAUCCUGGGUUUCCCACUGCCACACGUCUUUCUGGUGCCAUAUGCCAUGUGGCAUGGGGUGGAUGAACACAGAGCAGCCCUGCUCAUCUCCAUCAUUGGCUUUAGCAACAUCUUCCUGCGGCCCAUGGCUGGGCUGGUGGCAGGGCGGCGGGACUUUGCUGGCCACCGGAAGUACCUGUUCAGCCUGGCAGCCCUGCUCAAUGGCCUCACCAACCUGGUGUGCGCUGCGUCGGCCGACUUCCGGGUGUUGGUGGGCUACUGCUUGGUGUACAGCGUGUCCAUGAGUGGCAUUGGAGCCCUCCUCUUCCAGGUCCUCAUGGAUAUCGUCCCCAUGGAUCGGUUCUCCAGCGCCCUGGGCCUCUUCACCAUCCUGGAGAGCAUCUCCAUUCUCAUCUCCCCGCCACUGGCUGGGCUCCUCCUGGACACCACCGACAACAACUUUAGCUACGUUUUCUACAUGUCAAGCUUCUUCCUCAUAUCAGCUGCCCUCUUUAUGGGUGGCAGCUUCUGUGCCCUUCAGAAGAAGGAGAGGCCAGGCAAGCAGGCCAAGGCAGAAGGAGCCAUCACGGAGGCUGCCUCAGAGCAGGUCCUCACGGCGGAGGGCUCAUGUGAUUCCAAGAAGCGGCUAUACACCGAGGUCAUGUAUGUGACCAGCGUCUGAGCCCUGAGGUCGGUGAGUGACCAUCUCCGCAGCCCAGGAAUGUGAUGUCCAGCUGCUAGGGGCUGGGGUGAGGGGCUGCCCAGGAAGCCCGAAGCAAAAAGCCAUCCAGGCUCUGCACACUGGGAGUCAGCCAGGAGCUGGGACCUUGGAGGCUGGCCUCCAAAGACUCAGGGCUCCUUCCAACCAGCAGAAUCCAGGAGCAGGUCUUCCUGACUUUUUCUUUGGGGUACCAGCGUACCUGGAGCCCAGGAAAGUGAGUCUAAACCCUGCUUGGGUCUGUCACAGCCGGCUUGGCUCAGCUGGCUGCCCAGUACUUCUGCUGCCUCUCAACACACUGGACCCUCCAGUCUAGUCUGGAUGUCUCUGAUGUGACUCUUUGUCCUUCUCCGGCCUCCAGACAGUUCCAAAGAGUUCACCCCUCCUGUAAGGCCCUCCACCCCCUUUCUUCCCAAGGGCCCCAGCCCUUGCCCUGAGGGUGGCCCCCAGCACAGGUUGUUGGGCCUCACGCUGACUGGAAGCUUGAGAAGAAGAACCUCCUGAAAGAAUGAGCUGUGACCGGCAGUGGUGGAGGGCCAGGCUGAGGGGUUGGCGUGGACACAGGACACGGACAGAUUAAUGGUUGGGUAGAGGACCCAUCCUGGUGUCUGAGCAAAGAACUGGAGGGGAGCCCUUGGCUUGGGUCCUAGAAUCAAUGAAGUCUGAGGGGUCCCCUCACUCAGCAGGGCCUGCUCUACAGUCUCCCUCCCUCCCGUGCCCCCACCUUGUAUCUUGGUCGUGAAGCUGUGUGCUGGGGUGGGGGGAAGCCUGACAUUUGAGUGAGCAGCGGAGCAGAAGCAUUGCUGGGCAGGGCAUGAGACCUCUGGGAAAAUGGAGCUGCUUUUGCAGCAGAAGCCUUUCACUCCUUCUCCCUACUGUGUCAGAGGUGUCCACCUUGGGGUAAGUAGCUGGCUGGGCCAGCUGCCAGCCCACCUCCACUCCCAGGGGGCCUGUGCCUGUGGCAGGGAGGUCAGUGCUCCCCACACACAUCCUCUUUUUGCUGGUACUGGUCCCUGAGGUCAUCACUCCAAGCUUGUCCCAGCAGGGUACCACCUGAGGCAAUGGAAAAACAGAGUUUAUUUGAAUUACACACAAAAAAACCUUCCUGUAGCGGGUUAUAAACCCUGUGAACUAAUGAAGCUGGAAAACAGGCCUUGAGUAAGUCCCUCCCCUCCCCCUUCAGUUCUCCCUGCUCAGCAGGGGCUGCUGCGACCCAAGGCCUUGUUUGUUGGUUCAGGCUCAGCCAGGCUCCAACAAGGAAGCCUUAUCAGGAAAAUAAAUUUUAUUUUCAUGA